UGGUUGAUCUAAUUUGUUCAAGUGAUCGUACAAAGGUACAAACAGCAUGCCGAUGUAAUCCAGCACUUGUUAGUCCGGAAAUGCGGGUCAUUCUUGUCGUUGUCGCGUGCAUUGGUGUUUACAUGAUAUCCCUCGUUGUGAUUGGCCCGGACGCGACGGACCUGAAUGACACGACCGCACUCAUCAAUCUUUCCAAUCCACUGCUGCCUAAUUGGCGGAAUCCGUUGUGCGCACUGCAUCUGACCCGGGGUCAGCCGUGUCAGCACUGUUCCAUGGACAAUCUGCACCGGAAUUUCGACAACCAGUUGACGGAAACGCUGAGCAACAAAUCCAUCGCGCUGGUCGGUGAUUCACGCAUUCGCUACAUGUUCGCUUACAUGCGCAGUAUGCUGGACGGACGGCAGGUUAUACUAAAGAAAUCCAGGGAGAACUUCAAUGACACGCUGCACCGGGAUGCACAGCGUAAUAUCCAACUGGCCUACUACAUACGGCGCUACCCAGAUGAGGCGAUGCGUGCACUGCUGCACGAAUGGCGCAACGCAACCGACGCCAACCGCAUACCGCAUUACGUCAUCAUGGAAACCGGUGCGUGGACCGUGUAUUUUCGCGGCGACGCAUUCGUUUCGGAGUUCCGUCGAAAUCUGACCGUUGUAGCUAAGGAUUGCAGCGCCCUGCGCAACCGCACCACAAUCAUCUGGAUACGCACACUGCCGAUGCACGAUGAACGGCUGCGCGUGGACCCCAAAUGGACGCACCGGCGCAACGGUGUGGCGCUGACGGAGCAGCUGGGUUUGCUCGUGGCGGAGGUGGCCCGGGAAGCCGGGAUCGUGCUGUGGGACGCCGUGUAUGCCGACUCCAGGGAGCACAUCCAACUGUACGACGACAUCCUACACCCCGGCCUCGCUCUGCGACGCAAGGCGGCUUGCCAGCUGUUGUAUGCCCUGGACCCGCGCCACUGCCAGUGUUCCUCUUUUGCUCCGUUGGCGUUUUGA